CACACACUACAAAGUGGAUCACGCAAACAUGGUGCACGAGCGGGGCUUUCAGGCGGAAACAAAAGCCCACACGUGUGCCCUACAGGCAGCUGCACGCCCCACUGGGUAUAAAGCCCAUUCCUGCAGAUCAGGCAUCAUUCGUUCUCUCGACAAGCUAUCUCGAAGUAACCAUCACCCAGCAGCCAUGGAGAGCAAAUCAGCUUUGCUUCUCGCACUCCUCAUCGCCGUUUCACAGGCCGCUCCUCAGGGACAGGUGCAGGACGCCGCCCCCCAGCAGAGUAACUCCUCGACCGCCGCUACAGGCUCCAGCUCCGACACCUCGUCCUCUGGAAGUGGCGGCAGCGACAGCAGCGGCGCACAGUCCGGCGGUGGGUCGUCCAGCUCACAGACCCCAAGCGUCGUCUUCCCUCACCUCAGCAACUUCUUGCCGCAUUUCAACUUUAGUAGCUCUCCCUCUACCGCCAGUGCCCAGAAUCCGAUAGCCGCCAUCAUCUCCUUCAUCCCGAACGCCAUCAACACGGAGCGCGAGCGAGUCAGCAGCGCCGUGAGCCAGCUGGUGUCUGACCAAGUGGGCGCUGCCACCGACUCCAUCAACGCAGCGGCGCAGACCGGCGGACAGCUCAUGUCCAACGGCAUCAAGGUCAUCGCCUCCUGGCCCACCUUCUGGGCCAAUCUGCUGGGCUGAAGUGACUUCUUAGCCUCAGUAAAAUUCCUCGUAAGAUUCUUGUUUCUAUGUUUUGUGUCAUUCGGGUAACUGCGUAACGUUAUCUGUAGAGUAGAUCUUACACAAAAACUCGCGUCCCUGUCUCUUCAAACUAUUAACAUCUGUAAAUAAUGUUACUUCAUUCAAAAGCGGCGUUAACAUGUUACUAUUGUAAGCAACUUAUGUGUUACAACGGCUUGUAUAAUACUUUGGUGUUUCAAUUCGAGUAUAGAUCGUAUACAACUAAAACCAACGUGCUUCAACAUUAUAUUUCCGCUUCAUAUCGUGUUAAUGUAAAUACUUUUAAUAAAAGUAUAUAAAAUACUACUAUUUUUCUGCUUUAAACUAUACCUUUACCUUGAAGAAUGCCGUGUUGUGUUGUACAGCAUUGAAUAUUUCCUGCCAGAAUGUGUUGCACUGAUUUUAGAAUUCUUGCUCUCUUUACGGAGCAAGGUACCUUCAUGGAACAUCUCACAGUGUCCUCGAUGCUCUGUUCUUAUAAAUUUGGAUGCCAUUGCCUUCUUUCCGGCCUGUGAUGACGUGUGAAGUACGCACCCGAUUCAUGUGAUCGAGUGCUUUCACAAUGAGAUGUUUGUGUUAGUAUGCUUACGGAAAUAAAGUGCACUUUUGAUAACUUU